UAUAAAAACAGGUUAAGCUUAGUGUGUAAACGAACUUCGUCUUGAGCGAACAAUUUAUUUCGAUUUCGAAAAUCGCUCGUUUAAUUUAUUGUUGUAUUUAUUUUAAUUCUAAAUAUGUUAAUAACAAAUUUUUUAAUUUGUGUAUCGUUCAUAUUUGGCUGUGAUGCGUAUGCAAAUCGAUGCAGUACUGAUGCAGACUGUACGUUAUUUCGUUCCUGUCCCGAAGCCAUUCGUUUUGCCGCAAUCAACCAAGCAAAUGAUGAAAAGUUAAAAACAUCGCUAUGCGGCACCGAAAUAGUCGAUGGAAAAAGAUUGCCGAAGGUUUGUUGCUCUGCAUUUCGAAUGACUGAUGAUCGAUUAGGUUUCCUCGGCGAUGACUCCGAACCUGGGCCAGGUGCAGACUCUGCGGAAACACACCCAAACAUUAACCUUCUUCCAACAAAAUGCGGUCAAAUUGACGGUGACCGUAUCAUCGGAGGAGUUAUCGCUAACCUUUGGGAGUUUCCAUGGAUGGCACUCAUAUCUCACAGAACCCGUGCUGCACCAGGUAAAGACAACCUUCAAUUCAAGUGUGGUGGAAGCAUAAUCAACUCUCGAUAUGUUAUGACCGCUGCCCACUGCGUUGUAAACAAGAAAUUAGCUGGUGUACGAGUCGGCGAGUUCGACAUAAAUUCCAAAGAAGACUGCCAGGGAGAAUACCCUAAAAUCUAUUGCGAGAGACAUAUUCAGGACAUAUCUAUCGAAGAAAGCAUUCCACACCAAGGCUACGAACGUUCGCCGGUGAAUAAUGACAUCGCUCUACUUCGUCUGAAGAAACCAAUAGAUUUUUCACAUAAGAAUGUCGCACCGAUAUGCCUGCCAGUGAAAAGUGAACUUCGUAACGUCGUUCUCGGCGGUAAAUCGGCUACAGUCGCAGGCUGGGGCACAACUGACACCGGUUAUCAGUCCUCCGUGCUCCGGAAGGUCACGAUACCAAUUCUAACAGCCUCUGGUUGCCGUGACAUGUACAACAAAAACUCGGACAAUGGUGAUACGACGCUUAAAAAGAUUUGUGCGGGUGAAUUGAAAAAGGACUCUUGCAGUGGUGACUCUGGUGGUCCUCUUAUGCUGGAAAGUCAAAUUGACGGCAAAUUCAGAAUGAUACAGUACGGUGUCGUGUCUUACGGCCCAAAGCAAUGUGGCUCAUUAUUCCCAGGAGUAUACACUGACGUCACUGCUUACAUCGAUUGGAUAUUAGAUACCAUUAAAGCCUAAAUUAUAAAUAAGUAUUAUGUACUAUAAGUACUAAUUAUAACAUUAAAAAUAAAC